AUGCGGCGACGCUCUCAGGCGACAGUGGUCCGGCACCGGCUCCAGACGACCAAGACCCCAGAGCUUCAGAAAUUUCAAGAAAGAAGCAAGGUUACAUUGCGUGUUAGGGCUACAGUGCCAGCAAAGGAGGGGUGCAAAAAUAUUUAUAAAGAAUAUUUCAGAUGCCAGCACAACACAAACCCAGUUUCUGCUACAGCUGACAGCCGUCUUGGUUCCAAGAAUUCAAAAUGUCCAGCUCUGCUAACAAUUGCUGUGCAGAGACAGCUUGGAAAACUCAGCAGAACAAAGAACAUAGACCCACUUUUGAAAGAUCUCCCUACAUGGCUUCGGAUUGAACACACUCACAAUCAUAGUCUGUACAGUGCUGAUUCUCUACGUCAUAGGGAUGUAAAUGAUGAGACAAUCGCCAAAUUCAAAGAGCUUUUUUCAAAGGGCCACACUCCAUCUUCAGCACUUGAAAUGCGUAAGAUGGACCUCCAAAUGGAACAUGGAGUGAAUUACAUUUAUCAAGCUGCUGACAGAGCUUUUUGUCCUGAUCUGCACUUUUGCUACAGGCUGUACAAGAAAGUAUUUGAAGAGAAAUACUCUUCAACCUCUUCAGAACUGUUAACUGACAGCCUACAGACAGCUUGCAGGACAUUCAAUGCAGAACAAAAUGGGGAGUUCUGCAAGGUAAAAGAAACAGCAUCAGGGAAGAUAGCCAUAGCUGUCUGCACUCCCCUCAUGAUGAGAGUGCACACACUGCACCGUGCAAGCGGUGAACUUGUUUUUAUGGAUGCCUCAGGGGUGGACAGGUAUGACUGCAGAGGUUUUCUGCUUCUCACUCACAGCGUUGCAGGUGGACUCCCUUUAGGCUGCCUUAUUGUUUCUUCUGAAGCAACAGAAGUAAUAACAGAUGCUUUGUUACUGUAUAAAGAACUUUUGCCAGCUGCAUUCCCUGAAGCAACACUUCUUCUUUGUACAUUCCAUGUACUUCAGGCCGCUUGGCGUUUCCUCUGGGAGGCCCGAAACAAAGUACAAAAAGAAAGCAGGCCUCAUCUACUGAGCAUCAUCAAGAAAAUGGUUUAUGCUCAGAGUGAGGAUGAAAUAAUUAAUGUUUAUGAUAAUGCAUGUAGAGAUGAUGUUGUUAGGGACAAUCCCAAAUUCAAACUGUAUUUAGAAAAGCAGUUUGAACGAAAAAGUCUAUGGGCAGCCACUUUUAGAAAAGAUCUUCCUGUGCGUGGAAAUAACACAAAUAACUACUGUGAAGCAGCUAUGCAUGUUUUGAAAGAUAAAAUCUUCUGCCACAGAGCAUAUAACAUCUUAUUAGCACGGCUUCCUGCCUACUAUGAAAGGCGGCUGCUGGACCUUGCAAAUGGUAGGAAAGAUGUUACAAUUAGCAGAUGUUAUUUAUAUGGAUCGGAAAACAUUAAGAGGGUAAUGGUUCAGGCUGUAGGAGAUCUUCAUUUUGAAGUUGAAAGUGAGAGGGAGCAUGGUAAGUCAUACCAAGCAGACAUGAACACAGACAUGUGUUCUUGCCCAGAUGGCAUGACAGGUGCACCGUGCAAGCACCAGCAUGCUGUUAUAAAAUUUUUUAAUAUUUCUUCAUGUAAUAUAUUUCCUGUUAAGGAUGUCAAAGCAAGGAGACAUUUCUUCCAGCUAGCGACUGGACAUGAUAGUAUUCAGCAGGAAUGGUUCCAGCCUCUUGUUGAUAAUCGAGAAGACAUCCCUGAACCGUAUACUUUGAGUGCAAAUUUGGAAACAGUAAACACACCACUUGAAGCUGACAACAACAACAGGACUGAGGAAAUACUGAAACAUGACUCUGAGGACGAGUUUGACAUCCCUACCACUAACAGACAGAUUGAAGUAAUACAACAAUUUAAAAAGAACAUAGACAAACUUUUAAAAGAAAUGGAAAAUAAUAAGGAUGAACUUUGGCCUGCUGUUGACAGUUUUAAUAAACAAUUAGAAAAGUUAAAAACCACAAGUGCACUGUCAACAGCACUUUUCAGUUUUGGAAAAAAACACGGGAGUCUCUUCAGUUUUUCCGACGAGGUAUUAUUCCUGUUCAGCCAUCAGCAAUUGCCUGUCGAACAACAUAUGUUGGGGGCAGACAGUGCUUGCAAAGUGGCAGAAAACCAAUAAAUGCUAAAUUUUCUGUUAAUACAAAAAAAGAGAAAUUUAUCAGAAAGCUGCCAGCUCCUUCCAAGAAAAAAACAACGCAAAGCAACACACAGUAUUAGCCAGUGUGUAAAAAACAAUGAAAACCUAGGAAAGCGCCACCACACAAAGUGAUGAGUAAUUGUAGUAAUGGUGAGAAAAGUUGAUGCCUUUAUGAAUUUUUUACAUAUGUUAUUUGAUAAAUAGUGGGUUGACAUCACAAUAUAAGCAUAGUCUGUGUUAUGAGUGACAAUCUCUGUAGCACACUUACCCAAAGUAACAAUAAGAUUGGGUUAAAAAAUACUGCAUGAGAAUAUCAGGCUGGUUUCAAAAUUCCAUAUCACUUCAACUUUAAUUGCAAACUUUAUGAAUCAUUUACAGAUUGAAAACUGAUAGGAUUUUAUAAAUAUACAUUUCAUCUUUCGAGAAUGUAAAUAUAAAAUUCGUUUAAUGUAUUCAACAGUAUUUGGGUGUGAAAGCUUGCUUUAGAAAUGGACAUAUUCUUAUAGGACAUAUUUUUUCUUCUGGUGUCCACCAGGGGAUGCCUGUAGCCAUUUUUUCAAUUUAUUAAUAAACUUGCCAUUAAAAUGAUAAACAAUAGAGAAUGGAGUCAUGUUCAUGGACACGUGUGUGGCAAAAGAUUCUAUCUUUGCUACUUUAUUAAAUUAUUCAUGUUUCUUGAUGUAAUACUUCAUACUUCGGAAUCUAAAACUUGGGAAGGUAAAAUUUAUAGUAACACUGUUGUAACUACAGAAUUGGAGAAAAAGAAAGAUACACGUGGAAUGGUUUUGUCUGUUGUAUAUGUUUAUAAGUACUUUGAUAUCUACCAUACAAAUAGACUCAGUUUUAUGUACAGAUAAUUACUCUGUAGAUAUAUGUAUUACUGACACUUUUUUAUGCUUUGGUACAACUGUAUGUAACCUUUCAUGCAAAUAUGGUGUUGAGAAAAACAAUGAGCUGAUAUACAAUUACCAUUAUUUCAAUGCUAUGUUUAUUCAGUAAAAGUUAUUACAAAUGGAUAACAACAUAAAAAUCUGCAAUAACUAUUAUUUAAUGCUGUUGAAUCUUCAAUGAAACUGAGUAAAGAACAUGUGAAAACAUUAUAUUAUGUAAAAUGUGUGUUUAUGUACAACAAAAAAAAUGCCAUCUUAAUGAUGUUGGGUAUGAAUACCAUUCUAUGCUUUUAUGGGAGUUUUUGAAAAGAGCAUGAUGUAAAUUAUUUUGCGAAUUCUGCUGGAAUAUUCUAAUCUCAUACAAGUUUCAAUAUCUGGUAGCACUCGGAGAGAUGUUUUAACAACAUUUAUAAGAAUAAUCUAAUUUCCAACAUCAAAGCAAAUUUGGUGAAAAAGAAUUAAGAUCAAAGUUGUUAUUGUGUACAUAGUGAACAUUUAUAUAUAAUUAUUUUGUCUUCGUUUACUCUCUGUGUAUUUUAGUUCUUGAAAUAUACUGUGCAUUUAUUACAUAUUUUAUUAUUGUGUAUAAUACAGUUUGUUCUACAUGCCCUCUGAAGGUUCUGAGUAAACUUUGUUGGACUUUGA